CUAGCGACAGUCGUUUAGUCUGGAGACAGCGAUAGAGGAUACGGGACAAAUUGUGCGCGGGCAGGAAGGGAGGGUCGCUGCUUGCUCAACUUGGCUCACAGUGCUGAACCACUGCACCAGACUUCACUGACUCUACACGGCACCCCGCGACGGCUGCACUGUUUAGGUGCUCAGUUCAAUUAUCAAACUUUUUCAAUGGAAGUAUGUUGAUUCUGUAGUUGCGGUUAGGAUGAUCAACCGUUAAAAUAAUGUUGGCGCAGUGCGUGAUAUUCUCCAACUUUAACUUUUUUUUUCUUCAAAUUACCUUACCGCUUCAGUUUGUUUCGCUUCUCUAAAGCAGAGAAGGCUGCGCGUAAAAGUACCAAUGCAAAUAUCCAACUUGAGCGAAAAAAUGUGAAGUUCUGGCCACAUAGGCUGCUCAAUCAUCUUACAAUCAACCAGCCCAUUUCCACUACUGGAAGCAGCUUGCUAGGUUCUGGAUAGCUUGACCGGUGUUCUGGUCUCGCCAAAUUGACGUUUUUACGCAUGAUGGAGAAUCUUCCCAGUGACCGAGACUUUUGGGCGAUGAAUGACUCCUGGAGCAAUUCGAGUAGUAAAAACGAGACUGGUUUUGGAAACAAAACGAUGAACCCCUUAAAACGAAAUGAGGAUGUGGCCAAAGUGGAAGUGACCGUUCUCGUCUUGAUUCUGCUGCUCGCACUAGCCGGCAAUAUCUGCGUCCUCUUGGCUAUACACACCAGCAAGCAUAGCCACUCUCGGAUGUACUACUUUAUGAAGCACCUCAGCAUCGCAGAUCUGGUGGUCGCUAUUUUUCAAGUCCUGCCGCAACUAAUUUGGGAUAUCACGUUCCGUUUUUAUGGACCUGACUUCUUGUGUCGGCUGGUAAAAUAUGUACAAGUCGUUGGCAUGUUUGCUUCAACUUACAUGCUUGUUUUAAUGUCCAUUGACAGGUGCUUAGCUAUAUGCCAACCUCUUCGAUCUUUACACAAGAGAAAGGACUGUUUCUAUGUGAUAACGUCUUGGAUGCUAAGUCUCAUAUUUAGUACCCCUCAAGUAUACAUUUUUUCCCUAAAGGAAGUUGGCAAUGGAGUCUAUGACUGUUGGGGGGAUUUUGUGCAACCCUGGGGACACAAGGCAUAUGUCACCUGGAUUAGUCUGACAAUAUAUAUCAUCCCAGUGGCAAUUUUGAGUGUUUGCUAUGGCCUGAUAAGUUUUAAAAUAUGGCAAAACUUUAAGUUAAAAACUCGUCGAGAGCAGUCUAUGUCGCUUACUCCAAGGGCAUCCAAGAGUGUGGCUCUCUCUCGUGUGAGUAGCGUGAGGCUAAUUUCAAAGGCCAAGAUUCGAACCGUCAAAAUGACGUUUGUAAUAGUCCUUGCAUACAUUGUCUGCUGGACUCCCUUUUUCUUCGUACAAAUGUGGUCAGCAUGGGAUCCGGCUGCGCCCAGAGAAGACAUGGCCUUUAUCAUUGCUAUGCUGCUGGGCAGUCUGAACAGCUGCUGUAACCCCUGGAUCUACAUGUUCUUUGCUGGUCACCUGUUCCAUGACCUGGUACGAUGCUUGGUCUGCUGCUCCAGCCAAUACCUGAAGGCCCCCCAGUGUGGCUCGGAGCACCAGACCACAAGAAAGAGCACCUCUUAUACUUUCGUCAUCAAGAACACCAGCAGCCAGAGAAGUUUCACUCAGACCUCUAACACAUAGGGGCCAAUGAUGCCCUGCGUCCCUUACAUAGACCUUCGGCAAGUAGGGGCCAGAGUAUAGCUUUCAAGACAUCCUGAAAGAUAUACAAAUUCAAAUUGAAAAUGUAAUAGAUACAUUCAGCCGUAGGAGCCAGGUAUUGUGGGAGGUCAAGUACCCAGCUGGAUCUUGAAAGACACCCAUAAUUACCAAGGAUGUUAGAAAGUCUUGUAAGUGAAGUCUGACAGCCAGAUAGCCCUCUUCAUCGAAAAAGACCUUUCAAAACGUGCAAGUACUAACUGUCCCUUACAAAUACAUUAUUUCCAUAGGGAAGCAUUUAAGUGGGAAGACCUUCAAAUAUGAGUGUGACUGCUAUUUUAAAUGCAGGAAUGGGGCAGCCAAGAUAUAGUUGACUGAACAUAGGAGAGAACUCAAUCUUGUGAAAAACAUUUAAUAAGAUGACUUAGACUCACAUUUCAUCCAAUCAGUCUUUUCACUGUACAGAUUACAAUAUGAAACAUUUCUGUCACACUCUGUGACUAUUUUAACAAUAAUGUUUCCCUAGGAGACUUUCACAUUCAUGUUUUGGUAGGUUAGUAAAUCCAGUAAAUUUAUGAUCAUCUGUUGUAACUUGCCAGGAUCCAUAUUUUUCAUAAAGACAAACCCUUGAUAUAUACUAUAGAUAUAUACUGUGACUCAUGUCAAAGCCCACUCUUGUCUGCUUUCAUCUGAGACUAAAUGAAUGAAGAAGGAAGAAAGGGAAAUGUCAAGCAUGUGAAGUCAUACUGAUCUACACAGAUAACAUAACUGAUUUUAGAAGGAAAGGCAUUUUAAGCAGUGUUUAUAAUAUAAUAUUAUUGGUUUCGAUUUUGUAAAUAGCAUGCUUACUAGCUUUUGAAAUGCUAAAUCACCAUAAAUGUUGCAUUACUUAUGCAAUAAACAUGUUUUUCUGUGUUUGUAUUUGUGCUGUAAGGGAUGGUACACUAGAAAAAUGCAUGUAUCUGUGAAUCAUUCAACAGUGAUAAGAAACACAAUCACUUUAUUGAUAUAUUAUGUGUAUAUGUAUGUAUAUAUAUAAUAUAUAUUAGUAACUUGCUGUCCUCAUGUUGUGGUAAAGUCAUCUGUGGACAGUCACCUUGUACUAUUGCCAGCUGUUUUUAUGGAACCUAAUAAAUGUAUGGAU